UAUAGGACAAAAAUUUUCUUCAGUGGUGAAUUAUUGUUCGACACAAGUUGUCGUCGUAGCUAUUCCCCUGCUAUACGGAAGAUUCAGGUCCUCGUAUACUAGUUUGGGUUUCAUAAAAUUGCAAAUAAUUUCAUGCAACAAGAAUUGUAGAAAAUGGGCGCACGCGACGGAGACAGGCGGUGGGACAUGGGCCCAGGAGCACGCGACAGUGGCAGUGACCGCUAUAAUAACAAACCGAGUCCACCACCGCCC